CCCCCCAGUCCUCCCUCCCCUCCCCUCCAGCAUGGUGCUCGCGGCCCCGCUGCUGCUGGGCUUCCUGCUCCUCGCCCUGGAGCUGCGGCCCCGGGGGGAGGCGGCCGAGGGCCCCGCGGCGGCGGCGGCGGCGGCGGCGGCGGCAGCGGCGGCCGGGGCCGGGGGGGAGCGCUCGAGCCGGCCGGCCCCGUCCGCGGCGCCGGAGCCGGACGGCUGCCCCGUGUGCGUGUGGCGGCAGCACAGCCGCGAGCUGCGCCUGGAGAGCAUCAAGUCGCAGAUCCUGAGCAAACUGCGGCUCAAGGAGGCGCCCAACAUCAGCCGCGAGGUGGUGAAGCAGCUGCUUCCCAAGGCGCCGCCGCUGCAGCAGAUCCUGGACCUGCACGACUUCCAGGGAGACGCUCUGCAGCCCGAGGACUUCCUGGAGGAGGACGAGUACCACGCCACCACCGAGACCGUCAUUAGUAUGGCCCAGGAGACGGACCCUGCAGUGCAGACAGACGGCAGCCCGCUCUGUUGCCAUUUCCACUUCAGUCCCAAGGUGAUGUUCACAAAGGUACUGAAGGCCCAGCUGUGGGUGUACCUGCGGCCUGUGCCCCGUCCAGCCACAGUCUACUUACAGAUCUUGCGACUAAAACCCCUCACUGGGGAAGGGACCGCAGGAGUAGGGGGUGGAGGACGACGUCACAUCCGCAUCCGCUCACUCAAGAUUGAGUUGCACUCACGCUCCGGCCACUGGCAGAGCAUUGACUUCAAGCAAGUACUACACAGCUGGUUCCGCCAGCCACAGAGCAACUGGGGCAUCGAGAUCAACGCCUUUGAUCCCAGUGGCACAGACCUGGCUGUCACUUCUCUGGGGCCAGGAGCUGAGGGGCUGCAUCCUUUCAUGGAGCUUCGAGUCCUAGAGAACACAAAACGGUCCCGGCGGAACCUGGGCCUGGACUGUGAUGAGCACUCGAGCGAGUCCCGCUGCUGCCGCUAUCCCCUCACGGUGGACUUUGAGGCUUUUGGCUGGGACUGGAUCAUCGCACCUAAGCGCUACAAGGCCAACUACUGCUCUGGCCAGUGCGAGUACAUGUUCAUGCAAAAGUAUCCGCAUACCCAUUUGGUGCAACAGGCCAACCCGAGAGGCUCUGCUGGGCCCUGCUGUACCCCCACCAAGAUGUCCCCAAUCAACAUGCUCUACUUCAAUGACAAGCAGCAGAUUAUCUACGGCAAGAUCCCUGGCAUGGUGGUGGAUCGCUGUGGCUGCUCCUAACGUGGGGGGGCAGUGGAUGCCUCCCCCACAGACCCUACCCUAAGACCCCCAGCCCUGGUCCUCAUUCCCCCCCCCUCACCAGCUCCACAGCGCCCUCCACCUCUCCCCAUGAACAUCACACCUUGUUCCCUGACCAAGCAGUGUGCAAUACAACAGAGGGAGGCAGGUGGGGAUUGAGGGGUGAAGGGUUUGGGG